AUGGAGCAACAAUUCUUGUUAGUGCCCAUCUCUUCCUGCAGCCCACCUUUUCUCUUGUCCCGAGUGCAGCCCAUCUACACCGAGCCCUCGCUGGCAGCCUCGUUCUCAACCUGUACGGCAGCCAUCGUAACGGUGCCACGUCCGGACCUGCUCGAUGGGACGUUGAUCUCUCCACAUUCUUUUCUCUACAAAACGAGCUACCCUGCAGCCUACCAAAACCUAGCUCCAUACUCCUUCCUUUCCGCCGCCACUCCUCUCUUUCCCUCGUCGUUCACCCUCCUCUUCCUACAUCCCGAGAGAAUAAACGCUCGUUUCCAUCCUCGACCGCGUCCGCUGGUCGCCGGCGGUCUCCGUCUCCACCGUGCGCUGCUGCGCGCCUCUACCUCGCCUCCCAUCGUCAUCAUCCGCCUCCGGCCGCGUCGCUGCGCUGCUGCGGCCAGUACUGCGUCUCCGCCUCCGCCUCCGGCCGUUUCAUCCCGGCCGACCGCCUCUAGCUCGCCAAGCAUCGACACCGUGGCCACGACGGCGUCAUCGAGCACCUCGCCGCUCGACUCUCCUUGGCUGUUUCGGCAACGUCGCUGCCUGCACCAACCUUCUCCGCCAACGAAGGUCGCCGUUCCAGGCGUUCUCGUCUCCGUCCGCUGCACUGAAGGCCAGCAUCAAAGCCACGCCACGGCCAAGCGCGCAUCCGCCGUCGACACCUCUGGCCGGCCGGCUCCGUCCGCUUCCGUCGCCCCUCCAUCUAUCAGUAUCGCGUGUACCAGGAGGCAAAGGAGCUGCUUUGUUGGUUCAGUGUGGUGCAGUACACGGCCACGACAUGAUCUGAUGCUAGCUCAGCUGUUGGACCCAUCCGUCAGUGACCUCCGGUGACACAUCUGCUGCAGAUCCCAGUCAGCUUCCCCAGGCCCCGUCUGUCAUCCCCUCUGGCUCGGAUUUGCUCGCAUUUGCUUCUUCGCGGAUAGGAUCACGAAGUGGUGUGGUGAGAUACGACAAGUUCUCCGGAUGUUCCUCGGCAAGCUUUAACAGGCAAGCAUUUCCCCUAUACUCCUGCCCCUGCAGAAGUCGCUCACCUAUUUUAUUUUGCCUUCUCCCUUAUGCUAUCCUUAAGUUGCGUUCUUGUCACGUGUCCCUUCCACUUGUUACCUCAAGCAGCCUAUAUUGCCUCCACCAACCACCUACAACUAUUGUUUGGUUUCGGGUCUGCCUUGCGAGUCGUAGUGCAUGCUAGUGCUGUUUAUAUCUCGUUACCGUUACCGCUAUCUUAUCGGUUAUCAGUUGGGGAACAUGACACAUGGUUUAUGGUUAUAUCUGUUGGAAGUAUCAUGGUUACUUGUUAAUAAUUGUUAAGCGGAGACAUC